AUGUACCAACGCGCCCUCCUUUUCUCCGCCCUGGCGGCGGCAGUCCGUGCCCAGCAGGCUGGCACAUUGAAGACUGAGACUCAUCCUUCUUUGACCUGGCAGAAGUGCACUGCCGCUGGCAGCUGCACUGACCAGUCCGGCUCCGUUGUCAUUGAUGCCAACUGGCGUUGGACUCACUCCGUCGAUGGCUCCACCAACUGCUACACUGGCAACGAGUUCGACGCAACUCUCUGCCCUGAUGAUAAGACUUGCGCUACCAACUGUGCCGUCGAUGGCGCCGACUACGAAGGCACGUACGGCGCGACUACCGAUGGUAACGCCCUGACCUUGAAAUUCGUCACUGGUGCCAACGUCGGUUCUCGCAUGUUCCUGAUGGAGGAUGACAGCACCUACCAGAUGUUCAAGCUGCUCAACCAGGAGUUCACUUUCGAUGUGGACACCUCGGGUCUUCCCUGUGGACUCAACGGAGCUUUGUACUUCGUUUCCAUGGAUGCCGAUGGUGGUAUGGCCAAGUACGAUGGCAACAAGGCUGGUGCCAAGUAUGGAACUGGCUACUGUGAUUCUCAGUGCCCUCGGGACUUGAAGUUCAUCAACGGUCAGGGCAACGUCGAGAGCUGGAAGCCUUCCGAGAACGAUAAGAACGCCGGUGUUGGCGGCCACGGAUCCUGCUGCAAUGAGAUGGAUAUCUGGGAAGCCAACAGCAUUUCCACUGCCGUGACUCCACACCCUUGCGACGCUGCCGGCCAGACCAUGUGCGAGGGCGACAAGUGCGGUGGAACCUACUCUUCCAGCCGCUACGCCGGCACCUGCGACCCGGACGGAUGUGACUUCAACCCCUACCGCAUGGGCAACGAGAGCUUCUACGGGCCCGGCAAGAUCGUCGACACCAAGUCCAAGAUGACCGUUGUCACCCAGUUCAUCACCGACGACGGCACCGACUCCGGCGGCCUCAAGGAGAUCAAGCGUCUCUACGUCCAGAACGGCAAGGUCAUCGCCAACUCCGCCUCCGAUGUCAGCGGUGUCUCCGGAAACUCCAUCACCACUGACUUUUGCACUGCUCAGAAGACUGCCUUCGGCGACGAGGACAUCUUCACCAAGCACGGCGGUAUGUCUGGCAUGAGCAAGGGCUUGGAGCAGGGUAUGGUUCUCGUUAUGAGCUUGUGGGAUGACCACAACUCCAACAUGCUCUGGUUGGAUAGCAACUACCCUACCAAUGCCACUGCCACUGACGCUGGUGUUGCUCGUGGCACUUGCGGUGCUGAUUCUGGUGCGCCUAACGAUGUUGAGUCUAACUCUGCUUCGGCUACCGUGACUUAUUCCAACAUCAAGGUUGGCCCCAUUGGCUCUACCUACUCUUCGUAA